AUGGCGGGCGCUUUUCGCAUUUUCGCCAAGUUGGGGUAUGCCGAUGGAGCGUCUGGACAUAUUAGCCUGCGAGACCCGUUGCGACCGGACUGUUUCUGGAUCAACCCGUAUGCGAUGCAUUUCGGACAGAUCACCGUCUCCGACCUGGUCCUGGUCAACGAAGAAGGUCAACCGGUAGAACCCACCAAGUAUAAAAUCAAUGCUGCUGGAUUCAUCAUCCAUUCAGCCAUCCACAAGGCGCGACCGGAUAUCAAUGCAGCCUGUCAUAUGCAUUCGCCCCACGGACGAGCCUGGUCGAGUUUCGGAAGGCCCAUUGAAAUGUUGAACCAGGAUUCGUGCAUGUUCUACAAUGAUCUCGCCGUGUAUGAAGGAUUCGGCGGAAUAGUCCUCGCCAAAGAAGAGGGCCAACAUAUUGCCGAUGCUCUCGGACCAGUGAAGAAGAACGCCAUCCUCCAGAAUCACGGAAUCCUUACCUGCGGCGAAACCAUCGGCGAAGCAGCCGCCUUCUUCAUUGCGCUCGAGCGAGCCUGCCAGACACAGCUGCUCGCCGAAGCCGCUGCUGCCAACGGGCUGCAGAAACGGUAUGUGGGCGACGUCGAAGCACAGUAUACCAAGGAGUGCUCUGGGUCGCCGGCGUGCAUGUACAUGCAGUUCCUGCCGGAAUAUAACCUCAUGGUCAAGGAGACGGGGGGCGAAUUUCUACUGUAA